UUUCGAACCCGACGCCCAUGGUGGUCCACAAACUACCAUAUUCCGAGUCUCUCAGGGCGUCCAGCACCCGACUCAGAGCAUCAGAGCAUCAGAAAAUGUUUAGAUCUCACUCAUCCCACCUUGCUCUUGACAGUGGCAAAAUCAACCAUGUUUACGGAAAGCAGACUAACCAUACUCAGUUAGAACUCAUGCGCCUGAGGAGGGACUGUUUGGAAAGGCUAGGGCUAAGGUUCAAUCUCCUUUCGGAACAAUUAGUGCAAAAUUUCGAAUGUGAUCUGCCUUCGCUGGGGAACACCGAAUCAGUUAACUCGAUGAGCCCAAACGCAGAAGAUAUCGCAUUUACAUAAUUUGACGAUGGGUUCGCAAUACUCCCGUCACCGAAUUUCUCGGACCGAUAUCAUCUGGCACUAAUAACUAUCUGGCACAACUGCCGUCGAGUCGGAGACUAGAUGGAUCUGUCCUUUCGCUUAGACCUUUGACGAGGGCAGGUACCUUGAAGGCACGAAUUAUGCCCUGGAUCGACCCACUAUGUUUGACACCUUGCGCAAUUGUAGUCGGUUACGGGUUUGGUGGUCAAACUUGUUAAUCCUCGACGUCCGUGUACCGACGGAAGAUGGAAACCCAGUUCGCCGAGUAAAAUGCUGCUGGUUAACUUUGACAGGUUUUAUAGAUCUGGGUUCAAACUUAUGGAUAACGCAAAACUCGAGUCGGAUACAUCGUUGCAACCCGCAUUGGCUAGCCAACGAACGUGCAUGGCGGUCACGGACAUCAAGUGUCUUUCUUGAAUACGGGACCCACUUCAACUUAGCUGCUCAAACCUUCCCUCCCUUCCACUGUUGACCUACUCAUUCGAUGAAACGGUCCGACGCACAGAUGCCAUGACCUGAAUGUUUGCUGAGAAGCCCGAAGUUGUGGUACUUAUUUCCGACCUUCGUCGUCGUCGCCUAACAAUGUAUUUCAAAUUGAACCCUCUUCGUGCGAGUCUAUUGAUUUGGGGGUACGGAUAUCCAUGCAGGAUUGAAUGGAAGACCCUUUUCUUAACGCACGUAGCAGGACGUCAUUCUGGUUCAAACUUCAGACGGCCAUCGACUUUUUCUUUUUUGAAACCGAGUCCCGAUGAUGUCAUGGAGUCAACUUCAUCAAUUUGAUUGGCGUGAAUAUGGCAUGGUCAAAGCAGGGUAUUUCUUUGGACAGGCUGCAUGUUUCGAGCCUUGACAAUAAUUACUCAGACCCCAAACAAUGUAUCUCACAACCUCAAUGAACGUACGGCUCCUCGCUUCCAGCCUCGGGGUGAGCCUGACGGUUGGCGAUAUGUACCUCUGUCGGAAGGAGGAGAAAUUUAUUUUGACCAAUCCCAAGGACCUGACAACCGGUCAACUACUGUACUUGUUAUGCAGAUAUAUCACCCUUAUUUUCCAGAUACUCGACGUUGCCAUUUUUAGCUUCGACUCCCACAAAUCCGCAGUGGCGGUAAAAUUGUCCUUGCAGCCUUGUCUCCUCCACGCCGUGUUCAAGGCCUUUGCGGGAUAUGUUACCUUUUUGUUGUUACACCUUAUAUUGGCCCUCCGAGGUGCGAGAUUCACGCAUAUCUCCCAAUACUCAGAACACCGGAGUAACUUGCGCCUAGUAUACGCCUUGUACAACAAAAGU